AUGACGUCCAACAAGAAACUCAAGUACAAAGAUGAACAUCGGACAUUCCUUCCUGAGUGGGAGGAAGAUUUCGCUUUCACAGAUAAAAACGGUAAACCCCUCUCCCUCACUUGUAAUGCAGCAAUUUCGCACCACAAAGCAAGCAAUGUUCGACGGCAUUAUGAGAGCAAUCACAAAACCUGUUCUCGGGACUGUCCAGCUUCAUCUGAGCUGAGAAAAGUCAAACUGGCCCAGCUCAAAUCGCGACUUCAGAAUCAGCAGUCCUUGAUGAAGACCUUCAGCAAGGAAUCUGACGUAGCAGCCACAGCAAGCUUUUCAAUCGCGUGGAACAUUGCUCGUACCAAGCAAGCUUACUUGGAAGGAGAAUUUGUGAAGACCAACAUCUCCGACGUCGUGGCAUUGUUCGAUCCAAACAACAAGGAUCUUCAAAGGCGCAUUUCACAGCUAAGCGCCGACGUCGUCGACAAGCUUCAAGAGGGCCUGAACAGUUGUAAAACAUUCAGCUUAGCCCUUGAUGAAUCUACGGAUAUACAAGACAAACCACAGCUUGCAAUCUUCGUUCGUUAUGUUUCAUCCGACGAAAGCGUGAGAAAAGAGCGUCUGUACAUGGUUGCCCUCAAGGAAACCACUCGUGGUGUUGAUAUUAAGAAUGCAUUGUUAACAACGUUAGAGUUGUUCGGUGUUCCUCUGCAGAAACUUGUCGCUAUUGCCACUGAAGGUGCGCCUGCUAUGGUUGGUAAGAAUGUGGGCUUGGUAGGUCUGCAGAGCGACCCCAGCAUUCCAGAUGUUCUCCUAAUUCAUUGCAUUAUCUGUCGCGAGCACCUGCUGGCGAAGCACUUCAGCCACAAAGACGUUAUAAACACCGUCCUUCGAGCCGUCAACUACAUACGAUAA